UACCAUCCACUCCUCUAACAUUUUAGAACAAAAUAAGACAUUUUUUCAGUCUUCUCAUUUUUAUGUGCGUGUUCUCCGUCUCCUGUUUCUACUCAUGUUCUACUAUUCUGUAUUCAUCUCUUUCUCCUCUCUCCAUCUCUUUCUCCUCUCUCCUUUUUCCACCUUUCCUGAAUUGUUUCCUCUUCCUAUUUCUUUUUAUCUCUUUCCUGUCCUCGGUGUACCUCUUUUCUUGAUUGACCUCCCUUUUAGUCUCACUCCAUAGCUGCCAUGACAUUGAUACAUGUGUUUGAAACUGUGUGUGGGGGGGGCUGCAUCUGUGUGAGCAUUAUACUCACUGUAUACAAGCUGGUAUUUCUUUUCUAAAAUGGUUUUCUCAUCCCUUUAAAAACUACUGUACAACAUUAUGUGAUGCUCAGUUGAUUUGCUUAGCAUAUUACUGGUGAACACAGUAUAACUAUUUUUCACUUCUGUUUUCAUAGUAUUUCAUAAGAUCCUAAGAAACAGUCAGUUUUCUUUGCUAUGCUUACUAUAUAGGAUGCUUUAUUUAAUAGGUAUAAAAAAGACUGUUACAUUAGAAAAUAAUUAUAGCUCUUAUUCAUCCCAAUUUUCCCACCAUGUAUAAGACAAGCUGCCAUGAUUUCAUGGAGGGGAAUUGUCUGUGGACUUUCCUAAUAGGAGACAUAUUCUUCUGCUGAUUCUUCUUAUAGUUGCAUGAAAAACCAGAAAUACUACUUCAUAAGUUAGCUUAGGGGCUUUGCAUUUGCUGUUCCUAGAGUUCUCUCUGCCCACAUGCCUUGUUCCUUAACUUCCUUUUAAUUCUACUCACAUUUCAUAUGAUCAGGGAAGCUUUUCCCAUGCACCUAAUAGCAGUUGCUGUCCCAGCAUUGUAUUGGAAUGUCAAUUCACCUCACCUACAGGAGAGAUCACUGUCUUCUGCCUUUUCCUGUGUCUGUCUCUCAUUCUUAUCCCACAACCCUGUUUACUCUUGCUCAGAGUGGCACAGACCACUACUUCCUAAACCUAAUGGUCUUGAUUCAGUAAAUCUGAAAUGGGAUUGAUAUUAAAACUGAUAGACUUUUAAUAAUUUCCCAGGUAAAGCCAAUACUGCUAUUCCACAGGCCACACUUUGAAUAACGAGUGUGUAGAAACUAGUGCGAUAGUUAUAUAAAUCCAGUGCCAGAUUCCUAGACGUUUAGGUCAUAUUUGUCAGGAAUCGACUGAGAAUGUGUGCAAAGCAUCUCAGCUCUUCCCUGCAGUGGGCUGGGCCUGCAGCCAGAUGGCAGUCCCCCAGUCUCUUUCCUGGUUUCAGUUAGAAGGACCAGUGAACAGGCUUUAUAGGGAAAAAGCUAUACUGUAAGGUCAGUAUGAGCCAGAAUCAUUUUCUGUUCAUGUAUAUAUCCACAGCCUCAGAAACAACCUGGCUCUAAGUAAGGGUUCAACAAACAUUUGUUGGAUUGAAUGUGAAUGAAUCCUUUAUUGUUUUGUAUUUCUAGCUGCCAUUUUCAUCAAAGGUAUGAUGAGUCUCAGUGGCAUUCAUUGUGGUUCUCCCUGAGUGUAGUUGCUAUCAUCAUGCUUUCAGAUUCUUUCUGCUCAUACAAGUAAUAAAUGCCUCAGUAUUUUUGUCAAGUUGAAUUCAGCAGCAUUUAAAGUAAACUCGUGCUGGUUUUCUCACAUGAGAAAUAACUAAUUUUCCUAAAUAAUAACUUGGGUGAAUCACAAGAGCUUUUCUAUUUUUGUCUCUUAUUAUUACAAAGUCCUUAUUGUAAAGAAUUAUUAACAAUCCCACAGCAGUCUCUAACUACAUUAAUACUUCUCAAUGAAAGCAUUCAUCAAACAAUAUCUUAAUGAUUCUAGUGUCUCCUUAGCAUUUGUAUAGAAUGGAAAAGUGCCCUUAGUUUAUCAUGACAGCCUAGACUAGAAGUCUAGCUUUGUCAUGCUUUCAACAGUAUAGGCCCACCAAUAUAUAUAAAAUAAGAAAUAUAUAUAUUGUUUCUGCCCCCAGUGCCUGACAUCGGACUCCUAAAUCCUUAUAAAUUGGGGUGCUAGGACUAUCUUUCAUUCUAAUAUUUAGUCUUUGACCUUGGCUCCUGACACAGAGCUCCUAAAUCUUUGAAAUUUCCUCAUGAUAGGAAUGUCUUUCUUCUAAUGAGACAAUUCUUGGUAGGCUCCUGGAUGGCAUCUAGUAACCAGAAAGACCAAGCUAUGAUUAGAAGCUUGGAAAUUAAAGUCCCACCUUCCAUUCUCCAGAGAGGGGAUAGAAGCUUUAAGUAGGGCUGGUAAUCAAUCAUGUCUGCAUGAUGAAGCUUCUGUGAAAGGCAAGGAAGGCAGAGGUUAGAAAUAACAAAGGACCAGCACCUCAUUUUAUCCAGCUCUAAACCUUUCCCCAACUACCUUGGGAUUAAAAUUCAAGUAUAAGAGGGCUGUCAUGUGAAAUGCCUGUAUACAUGUUAACAUGUUUAUUUGAACUGAAAAAUAGAGUUAGAGUUUUUUCUCCAGAAAACAAUUCUAAUUUGCCUCAUUAAUUUGUCAGUGAAGGCUUCCAUCGCCAGUUACUGGCAGCGCCAAAGGCUCAACAAAACAUGUGUUUCACAGACACAAUUUUCAAUAUAUCAGAAGCCACAUCCUUUGAAACUAUUUCACUUAUGAUUAAAUAUAAAUACAAGCUUAAAAUGGUAAAGGAGUACAAAGACUUUCUAAAUUUUUUUAUGGAGAAUGACAGCAAAAAAGUUUGAAGGCCAGUGUUCUGGCCGCCUCUCUGCUUUCACACAGAGAGGGGAUCCUGGUAGAAGAGCUAAACCAGAGGGGAAGCUUCUCGAGUGGUCUGCUCUCAUGCCCGGCACCAGCAAAUACACCUUAUGGUGAAAAAUGCACUCUCAGCAGAACAUCCAGCAAGUUCCGUGGAAAACUGCAGGUGCUCUUGCCAGCCUCCUGCCUCCCGCCUCCCUUUCCAAACAUCCUGGCAUUCUCACUCUGCCCCUGCCCUGUACCUAAUGUCCCCACUAACAGGCUCCCCUAGACUAUUACUGCCUUCAUGAUGCACUGUCCUAAGUGGCUUUGCUGCCUUGGUCUCAUUUUAACACCCUUACCCUCAAAUGUAGCUGGUCUGAGCUAAAAUGUUGUGAGGGCAACUGUCUGCUUAACCAGUUUCCUAGUGUCAUAAUAUCCCACUAGGCCCUAGAGGAAUAUAUACAAAUUAAGAACAAUUUACUUUGGGUUAUCGCUCUAAUGGAGCCUCAGAUUUGUGGAUUUUCUUGUCAUUUGGAGAUAAUUCUGAGCACCACUCUGCCCAGGGACACCUAGUCUUUGAGGUCAGGCUCCACGCAGAGAAGCCUGAUGCUUCAGAAGAACCCUACAAGAGCUGCCCACUCCAGCCCACUCUUCCUUCUGUUCACCAAACUAAUCCUGGAAACAUUCUCCACAUUGUACGAAUUUCCCAAACCUGGGAAAACAAUGCUAUUUCCCAUAAGUCUUUUCACUUCCUGGCUUCAAACAUCUAUCAUUUGAGGGACUUACAGACCACACAUCAGGUGCUCUCACAUCAGUCACCUGAGGGGCACCAAGCACUCAUCUGUGUAUGUGCACCAGGCCCUUAAUAGGCAGCAUCUCAUUUAAUCCAUCCCAGCAAUCCUGUGCAAUGGGCUCCUACAUCCCAACUUGGUGAAAGAGGCCUGCCCAGUUCACCCAAAGUCAUGCAGCUAUGUGGAUUCCAACUCAGGUUUAUUCAUUCAUUUGAAACCUAGUUUUAGUGAGCACUAGAGUGUGUCUAGGCCCUGUGUCACAUACUGAGCAGGAACAUGGUGAAUUCAGAGCUCUGCUCUCAGAGACCUUAUAUUCUAGAGAAGGGAAAUUAAACAGGUAGAAUGAAAUCAGUCUGUCUCUUCUCUCCUCUGCCCUGCUCUGAGAGACCUCUGACUCCCUGGGAUACAGAAGAAAGCACGUGUGCUGACAAUGUGGCCUCUGCACUCAUGGACUUUGAACAGACAGACUUGAUUUCAAAUCAUGAAAUUAAGGAACUGAAACAGGAGCAGUCUAAAUGAGCACACUCAAUGCCUGGAAGUAAUAUUGCUGUGCAUCUUUUAUCCGACUGUAUAAACUGGUGAAAUAAUGGAUAUGAAAGACUGUCUCAGUGGUUUCAUGAAUCUCCAGUCAGGGUAGGUUUCAUUCCAUUUUCAUCUUGUGUACUUCCCGUCAAGGCUUGACAAUUUCUUCUAUUUUUGUUCAUUUCGCUUUUGCUUCCUGUCAAUUUUUAUAGCAGAAUCUGCCUCAGUUCCACCUGGCAAGAGGUGUGGUAAUAGAACCAAUGCUCAGGCCUUGGCGUUUGUCCACCCUUCUGCUCUGGGGCCUCCUCUGUCUGCGCCGGAGCUGGUGGCACCCCUGCCACCUGGUCUGCCCUGGGCUUGCAGAAGGUAGACACUCGGGUGCCUAAUGGUUCUUCCUGCCCUGGAAUCAUCCCUUCUUCUCCUGUCCCUGUGCACCUGCUGUGUGCCAUGUGAGCGCUAGUCCCCGAGAGCAGGAGGCCUUGGUGGUUGUGGCUGGGUCCUGGUGGAGGCAUGGCUGUGCAGGAGACAGGAGGCCUUACAGCCAUCAGCCACAGAAACAUGCUUUCCCCUCACCUGGAAGAGGAAUGGAAAGCAGUGUGUUGGAUUGGAGCCAUUCUGCAGCCACUGGGAAUAUUCUAGAAAUGAGCCUCUUGCCUAGAAGACUGUCCCAGCGGUAGGUCCUUUGGGGGCCCAAGGGGGCUUCCCCACCAUUUCAGGCCACAGACACAGGCUACAGACUUGACAUCUUCCUGGCCCCCCAGACCACCACCUGUCACCCCAUGGGAGGGAAGAGAGCACAGUGAUUGAGAAGCUGGCUCUGGGCCAGCCAUGUGGGUUCACAGUCCAGCUGCAUGUGCCACAGGUGUGUGACCCAGUUUCCUCACCUGUACAGUAAGGUAGGACUCAUGGAGGGGUAACUGGGAGGAGUGAUGCUUGGAGCAGAGCCUGACAUGCAGCCAACCCUUGGUGAGUGUUGCCAUAAUGCUCCUGGUUCAGGAAGCAGGGCCUGCAGGUUCUGUGACUCUGAGCCACCCUGUCUGGGAUGCUUGGGGGUGUUGACACAGCUGCCCCCUUACCUGAAGCUUCUUGUCACCUCCUCCAGAUAGCAGGCCCUGCUCUUCUCACCCUGGGAGGGGAAGCAACAAGGUUCUGCGUGAGCUUCUGAUUCACUUGCUUCCUAAGCACAGAACAGGCUAAGUGCCUCAUAGAAAACACUCAUGAGAAAGUCGUGAGGCCAGGGUGAUGGCUUUAAAACAACUUACUCAAAAUUAAACAGCUGGUAAGAGCUGCAAGAGGAGUUGGACCCAGACCUGCCCAUCUUCAAUGUCUGCUCUCCCCAUGCUUUGCUGUACAGGCACAUAUGUGCUCCCACUCCAGGAAUGGAGUCACUGUGGUCGCCCUGCACUGUAUCUGGUGCAGGAUGGGCAUGGAGUCCUGCUAGGGGCAACUAGCAAAGGGCCACCAGAUGUUCUUUCCUCUGUUGUCACCCAUUCAUAGGCCACAAGUGCCUCUCAGGCCUAAUUCUUCAAAUAAACAGAUACAUCUAGUCGUUCAUUCAGCAAGCAGUUUUCAGGCCUAGCAUGCGCCAGGCACAUUGUAGACAUUGGGGUGUGUGUAGCAGUGAACAAAACAGGCAAGAUAAUCACAGUAGGAGAUUACGUGUUACUGGUAUGGGGGUGAGAAACAAGUGAUACGUAAACAGCAAUUUCAGAUGACCGGGGUGCUACUGAAAAGGUGAGAUGGGGCUCUGGUUUAGGGAGAAUCACCUUCCAAGAUGAUACAUUAGCUUUUAGAAUUGUAUUUUUUGGGAACUUUGUGAAAUUUGCACCUCCAGCAUUUGCCUUUCCCCAUUGGUGUCCUAUCCAAUUUCAGUCCCAUCCACAAUGGCUUCUCUACAUUGGGCCCUUUCCUUAUACAGUACCACAUUUUGUGGAAAUUUCUGAGAUCUUCCAUUUCUGGGUCCUCUGUUCUUCCCUGAGACACAUGUCACAAACUCCUGUGCAGGCUUCUUAAGGAUCCUACCUUUGGCAAGACCCAUGCCCAAUUUUGAGUUUUCAGAUUUUCCCUAUUUUCACUAAAAUUCGGUUUGAGGGAUGUCCUUUCAUUCUCCUUUUCCUCUGGUUUCUAGGAGAAGUAGGACAAUUUAAAAUUUAGCUUCUGUCUCAUUUCAGGAACCCGAAACUCCAAGUAAGACAAAAUGUAUUCACUUGAAUAUUUAGAUACUUUUUUUUUGUAUUUGACAUUUCAAAAUAAGGGCUAACUAAGCAAGCAUAUUGUAUAUAUUGUAGAAUUGCUACAAAGUGACAACAGAUGUAGAGCAAUAGAGAUAAUGCUUUGGCAGCUCAAAUACCAUAAGCAGUGUUGCCAUUAGUGAGUUAUUUUCCAAAAUGGUAAACAUUGUUUGGUAACCUUCUGAAAAAGGACAUGGGAUUUCCCCUUGAUGUACAUCAUAGUUACAUUAUUGAAAUGUUUAGUGAAAAUCUAAACAGUGCAAGAAUAGAUAAUAAAUAGGUUUUACUUGCAUAAAUGUUUAGUGGGACAUAUAAAAACCAUGUAUUCAAUAUUUUGUACAGAAUUGUACAUCACAUUUCAGUAAGUUGAGCAUUCUUGAGCCCUUUCUUCUAAAUGUUAAGCCACACCUCCAAACUUUAUGGCAAUCAAGAGUGCCCCUGCAAGCCUGCAAGACUAUAGGCAAGAGAAGCUGCACAUGAACACUGUACUCUAUUAGGUUAAAAACUAAGGAAAUCUGAAGAAAAUCUGGAUUUUAAUCAAUAAUAAUGUGUCAAUAUUGGUUCUUUAGUUGUGACAAAUAUACCAUACCAAUUUAAGAUGUCGAUAAUAGGGGGAAACUGGGGAUUCUUUGUAUUAUCUUCAUAGAUAUGUAUCCUGGGGAUUCUAUGUAUUAUCUUCUCAACUUUCCUGUAAAUCAAAAACUAUUCUAAAGUUAAAUUUUUAUUUAAAAAGUGUUUAAUACCCUCACAGAUUUCCAGGUUGCUCCCUAGGAGAUGGUAUUAUUCUGAGAAUUUACUGAGCUAGUCCCAUACUUUAACCUCUGAUGUUUUUCUUUACUCUCUUUGUUCACUUGAAAAAAUUAAACGUAAAAUGGAAUACACACUUCUUUUUUCCUUUUUUUAGGAGGAGCUUAGGAUAUUGUUUCACUUGCCAUGGGGUUUUUGUGAAAUAUUUUCACUAGGUAAUUUGAUUUUCUGCCCAAUUCAUAAUUGUAAUAGUGAUAAUGAUAGUAAUAAUAAUAAUGAUGAUGGCAAUAUUAAUAAUAAACUCCAGAGGAAGGUGGGGAGCAAGUUGGGUUUCUUGUUAACUUCUGAAUAGUUGAGAAUAAUAUACUUGGGAUGGGAUUCUCAGACCUAUUACUGGAAAGACAAGAGAAAACUGUCAUUGGUGUGAUUUUCCUGUAGGCAAUUAGUGUAGCCGACAUUCUUUGCUGUCCAGAAUAGAAAAUGACCUUUAAGAAAAGGGGUAUUAUUCUGUUAAAAUGUGCCAGCCCCAUUAAAGUCUUUUUCUUUGCAAAGAUAGUAGCCUCAAGAGGAGGGAAUGAAUGUCUGACCUGACAUCUUGCUAUAACUCCUUUAAAAGAGCUGUAAUUACUGAACAUAUCAGAAAGGGAGGGAUAUCAAAAAGUCUUUUGCUUUUAUAAGAGCUGUGGGUUUUGUGAAUGUCUGAUUAAGGAAGUUCUGAAAAGAAAAUUCUGAUUAAGGAAGAUAUAGGACUGUCUGAAAACAUCAAAUUUCACCUUAUUAUUGGGAAAGCCAGACCAAGAGAACACUAUGCCAUGCAAAAGUAGAUUAUGUCAGGGGAAAGACCAGAUGAAUGUAACAGCCUCAUAGUGCAGUACACACUCCAGGGAAGUGUAAGCAGACCAUGGGGUAGUGGUGCAGCCUACUAUGAAGCAGAGAGUAAUAUAGAAGACUUUAUGGAAAUAGCUCAUACAGGUGAUACUAGAGAGAAAUCUUACCCUAAUUUUUGUGGGUUUCUCAAAAAAUUUUAGGCCACUGUGUCACUUUACUACUAUAAUUUUGCUUUUGCAAAUAUAUAUGUUGCUCAAUAGUUUAUCUUUUAAUAAAAUUUCCUAUGGAUUUUUGCUUGUAGAUUGGAGACUGAAUGCCAGAAUAUUGAUCUUCCAGAGGAAAAACAUUCCUCAGGUUUCUGCAUAGUACUGAAUUAGAAAUGUACAUACAGCUUUCACAAAUACUCAGUCUCUCCUUUUCCCUGGGAAUACAGCUAAACAAAGUUAGGGUAGACAUGUGACCAAGUUCUUUGCAAUGGAAUGUGAGCAGAAAUGAUGUGCCCAAUUUCUGGGCCUGAAAUUAGAUUUCCUGAAACUGCAUGGAGGAGAGCUACCUGUGCUCUGGAGGACAUGUGUAGCACUAUCAUGUAAAUGAGAAAUAACUGCUUUUGAGUUUGGGCAUUUACAAUUUGGGGUGUAUUUGGUAGAGCAAUACAAUCUCUCCUAAUACAAGUCUCUUGAGUAUUUAGUGAAUAAAUGAAAGGAAAAUCCUUUAUAGAACUAAUAUACUCUUAAGGUGUGGGUAUCUUAUGUGGGAAAUAUUGAUUCAAUGCAAAGUAAAGCAGUAAAAAGGAAUAGAGGAGCAAAAAUAACAUGAGACAUCUAGAAAAUAAAAGUGAAAUGGCAGGUAAAUACAAUGAUUUCAAUAAUAACAUUAAAUGUGAAUUCAUUAAAUAAUCCAAUCAAAGGCAGAGAUAAUCAGGCUGAAUAAAAAAAGAACCCACUAUAUAUUAUCUACAAGGAGAUAUGCUUUAGAUCAAAAGAUAACAGGUUUAAAGUAAAAGGAUGGGAAGAUAUGUCAUAAAAAUAGCAAUUAUAAGAAAGCUGGAGUGGCUACACUAAUAUCAGACAACAUAGAUUUUAAAACAAAAAUGUUACUAGAUAUAAAGAGGGAUAUUUAUAAUAAUAGUUCUGUCCACCAAAAAAAACAUGCACCUACCAGCAGAACCCCAAAUGAUAUGAAGCAAAAAAUGACAGAAUUGAAGGGAAACAACAAUUUCUGGACACUUUAAUACCCUGUUUUCAAUAAAGGAUAUACCAACUAGGCAGAAGAUCAACAAAGAAAUACAAGAUGUAAACAACACCAUAUGCAAAUUAGACCUAACAUAUAUAGAAUACUCUACCCAAGAUAACAGAAUACACAUUCUUCUUAGUGCACAUGGGACAUUCUCCAGGACAGACUAUAUGCUAGCCCAUAAAAUAGUAUUGAUAAAUUUAAAAGGAUUAAAAUCAUACAAAGUAUGUUCUCUGAUUUUAUUGUGAAUAUCCUAGACUAUUCUAAAUAAUUUUAUAAAAUAUAAAUACUCCAAUAGAUAAAUCUUUUUUAAUGUCCAUGAUGAUUUCCUUAAGAUGAAUUUCUAGAAAUGAAGUUUGAGGAUUCAUACUAUCUGGUUUUAAGACUACUCUAAAGGUACAGUAACAAGACAGGGUGGUAUUGGCAUACAGUUAGGCAUUCAGAUUAAUGAAAUAAAUUAGAGAGUCUGGGAAUAGACCUCACAUAUAUGGUCAAUUGAAUUUUGAUGAAAGUGCCAAAGUAAUUAAGUGGGAGAAAGGAUAAUCAUUUCAACAAAUGGCUCUGAAGCAGUUGGAUACUUAUAUGGGGUAAUAUGAAUCUCAGUCCCCCUGCCUUACACAGUGUUAAUGGAACUAGGUCAUACUUUAAUGUAAAUGCUAAAGUAAUGCUAUUCAAAGUAUUCAAUUAAGACACCAUUUCACCUCUUUAAUUGAGAGAGUUUAUAAUAUUCUAAUACCCAGUACUUGCAUUUUCUAAUUAAAUAAAGCACUCUCAUACACUGACUAUGGAAGUGUAAAUUAGUUCAGUUUUACUGGAGGGCAAUUUGACGAUACUUAGCAAAAGCCAUAACUGAGCAACUUCAUUUCUAGAAAUUCAUCUUAAGGAAAUCAUCAUGGACAUUAAAAAAGACUUAUCUGUUGGAGUAUUUAUAUUUCCCAUUGUUCCAUAAUAGAAAAGAAUUGUAGUAAAUAUAUUUACAAAAUAUUAACAAGAUACAAAGUAGUUUAAAUCUAACACAGUACAAUAUUAAGCAGUUCUUUGAAAUGAUAUAGGAGAAUGUUAAUAACAUGGGAAAAUGUUUAUUAUACUCUUAUCAAUUAGGAAAAGUGAUAUUCAAAAUAGUAUAUAUAACGUGAGAUUAUUUUUAAAAAAGCAGAAAUAUGCAAUAGAGCAAUUAUACAAAAGGGAGGUAGGGGAGAGAGAGACAGGAAGAAAGACUGAAAGGGUACACCUCUCAAUUAAAUCUCUGGAGGGUGAGAUCAUGAGUAUUUUUUCCUCUGUGAUUUUCUGUAUUUUCCAUACAAUAAGUAGGUAUGUGUGUAAUUUGGUAAUCAAAAAUGAAAUUACAAAGGCCAUUUAAAAAUAGCAACAGAAAUUGGUAUAAAGGAGAGUAUUUUAAGAUUCCUGAAAAAAUUAUAAUACAGGUGUCUAAUGAAGCUCUGAUGUUUUUAAAAUUAAAUGCCUUAAACAGCAUUUAAACAGAAUAAAAAUGUAAGAGUAAAACAGGCAUACUUUAAUCCAUUUUUUAAAACUUUGUAAUGUUCUAAUAGUCAUCACCUAUCUCUUACAAGUAACCUUUGUUCUCCUAGGGAGAGUAUGGUAAAUGCCUUGGGCCUAGCUGAAGUGUUGUUUAUAACAUGUAUUUAUUCACUCUGUCAGGUCAUGAAAGACUCACAGGAAGUCUGUGCAAGGUACUGUGUGGGCAAGUGGGAAGUUCUGAGCUUUAACAAAUAAGUUUGGCUAAUAUUCAAACAGGUGCUCCUAGUGGCCAUCCUUACUCCAGUUCAUUCAGGUGCACUCUGGAUUAUUGCAAACCAAAUCAUAAUUAGAUUGGUAUGAUUUGUAUAAUCCAAACACAGUUUUUGUUUAGUGAUACAAAAUGGGAAAAGAAUGGUCUCCCAAACUUUUAAAGAAUAAAAAGCCUUUGUUUUUUAUUGGCAGCAAUAUUAUGUUGUUUGACCAAUAAACUUAUUUUUUGAGAAAGCAUUUCCAGUUUGAAUUUUUUUAAGAGAAGAAGAUAUAAUGGAUUUAGUGCUGUAGUAAAUCCAAAUAAUUUAUGAUGAUGAUUUAUGAUCCCAAAGAAAAUACAAUUACCUCCAAUAUAAUUCUGUCUGCAGAGAAGGGACAGUAAAGUAUUGCUCCCCUCCUCUGGUAAUAGUAUUUUGGAAUUAAUAUAGUGCUUUAUAAUGUAUUAGCUCAUGAUUCUUCCAAUGUCCUUUGGAGGGAGGCCGAGCAGGCAAUGUUAAUUCGAUCCUGUCUGCAAAGAAAAUGGAUCCCAGAGUUUAGGUAAAUUUGCUGUGAGUUAGAGAUGUCUAAGAGAAGGAAAUGGGAACUAAGGUGAUGUUUAGAAAGGAUAUUGGCUGUUGGAAGCAGAUAAAAUGCCUGUGACUCAUGACAGUCUUUUGGGAAGGUCAAUCUUGUUCAUAGUUUUCACAUAUGUAAAAAAGGGAUUAAUUCCCACUUGGAAGAUUGUUACGAGACUUAGAAUUAUAUCUGUAAUACAUGUAUAUUAGAUAUAUUAAGUAUCUAGAAUCUGUCUUUAACAGCUGUCUCCUUUCCUUUCUCUUAAAUAUCUCUAUAUUUAUGGGGUCACUUGUAGCUGAACAUUUUAAGUGUGGUACCAGCAUUAAUUGUGGGAUGUAAGUGCUAUGCCAUUUUAGCUGUUUCCUAGAGUCACUUGGAAUUUAUUUUGUGGGGCUGGUUCUUCCCUCGCUCCAGAUGAAAUUUAGGGCAAGUCCUAUGAUUUACCACUUUUAGUCAAUAAAAUGUUCUUCAAAAAAGUAAUAUGUUUGGUGACAUGUAAUCAUUAAAACUUUAGUCUCCAUUUAAAGCUUAAACUUAUUCCUCUACCUUGCUUAGGUAAAGGUCCACAAGAUGGACGUGUUUGGCUUCUUUCUUCCCCUUGAAGAAGUCGUCUUUCUCCAGCUUGCUGACUCCAUCAGAGCCACAACAGAAUAGAAAGGACAGGAAAGGACUGGUAGGCUGCUGCUUACUUGACUAAAAGGGCUGUGAGCAGUGCUGAGUUCUGUGCCCUGACACCUCUGGAAGUUCUCUUGUUCUCUCAUGGGGCUCUUUCAUGGGGUCUUUGCAGACUCCUUGCCCAUCCAGUUACUAGGAAACUCUUGUGCAGUUUCCUGUUGGGUAUCAUGCACUCUCCCUGCCUGCCCGCUUUUGUCUACUUUUUCAGUCUCCAGACAUCUGAUGGUACUCCCCACAUUUUUUUUUUUAUGUUAUAAUUUAUCUCUUCAGACAGCCCUUCAACGCUUUUAGACAGGAUCUAAGACAGCUCCACUCUUUCUCUUGCAUAGCCCACAUCUGGUGCAGGAGAAACAUUCACAUAUUCUUUGUAUCAACAAACUGGGAGUGUAACUUGCCUAAAGCAGCAGCUUCUCUUUCACUGUAUUGUGAAACUGGUUGGCAGACAUUUCUUAAGCAUGAUCCUCAAAACCCGUGAGACUCAGAUCAAAUUCAACUCCUUUUUACUUUCAAUGUAGGUGAGGGUGGCAAGGGUCACAAAACUGACUUCCAACCACUACUUACUUCCUUUGAAGAUUCUGUAUCAUGGGCUUGCAGAUCAUUUUGGAAUAGGAUAUCUGUUGUCUUGGUAUCUUCAUCUGAUAUCUAUUUACAGCCUGUUAAUUUUGCAUUACUUUAUAUAAAUCCUGUGUUCCUAUGAAGUUGAUUAUAAAUUGUUUUUAUUAAUUGAAUCUCAUUUUGCCAUUGACUUUAAUAAUAAUUCCAGAGGUGCUUUAUUGUUUCUUUCUGAUUUGUUUUUAAGUGGAACUGACUUUGGAACAUUGGACAAAUUAGGAAUAAUCUGACCUACUGAAAGCCACAAGCCAAUUCAACUCAAUAAGGAAAAUCUGUCUGUACGUCUGUGUCCUCUUCCAGAAAAUGCUCUUCUCCCUUUUCCUUUUAUUUAGAUACAUUGGGAACCCCAAUGCAUUGACAUAAUCUUGGGCCUAUAGACAUUGCUAAUUGUUCCAGUGGUGAGUGCCAAACCUAAGUUGAGGAGUGCCUUAUGAAGAUUUGGAGAACUUAGUACCAGAAAGACAUGAAGAGAGGCUCUUUCUGGUGCUUGAGACGGUAAGAGAAAGAAUAGAGCUGUGACAACCAUAUUUUCUACCAUGUGAAGAAAACUGAUCUGCAUUGUGGGAGAAGUUGGAAGCAGGAGCAGAGAGAGGAGCAGAGAUACAAGAUAGAGAAUCUUGAGGCUGUUCCAGUUCAUGGCUCUUCUCUUACCUGAGUUCCUGCUGUAGUCCUCUUUACAUAAGUUAACUCAAACUGGAUUUUUGGCAGUUGUAUUUUCCAAACACUGUCUUAUUUAUAAAAGCCUGCUAAGGUUUCUUAGAACAAUUUUUUUUUUUGCAAAGAGAAAACAUAAAUUUAGGAUUUAAAUGUGGUAAUACACUGUAUACAAACAUGUAAUAUUUUGCCUUAGAGUCAACCUCUAGAAGACAUUUGAAGCUGUAUAAACAUCAAGAGAGGAUUAAUUAAAAUCAACAACAGUAACAAAGUGGUACAUUUUGACAACAGGAAGUUUCAGGGGUUAUGAAAGAAACUUCUAACCAUCUCGUCCUUUUUUUUGCAGCUCAAAGUUACAUUAUAUACUUAAGGGCUUAAAUAGAUGACUGAGUCACUAAGAAAUCAUUCACAGGGAUCACAAAGUUCCUGACUCCACAUGAACGUUUGAUUUUAUUAUUGAUGGAAGGAUGCUGAUGUGAAGAAUUGUUUUUGCAGAAAAAUUGAGGCUUCUGAAAUUGUUCAGUCCCUCCAAAUACUGGGUCUAACUAUUUCUGAACAGCAGGCAGAGUUGAUUCUUCAAAGCAUUGAUGCUGAUGGGACAAUGACAGUAGACUGGAAUGAAUGGAGGGACUAUUUCUUAUUGAAUCCUGUUACAGACAUUGAGGAGAUCGUCCGUUUCUGGAAGCAUUCUACUGGAAUUGACAUUGGAGAUAGUUUAACAAUUCCAGAUGAAUUCACAGAAGAUGAAAAGAAAUCCGGACAGUGGUGGCGGCAGCUUUUGGCUGGAGGCAUCGCGGGAGCCGUCUCUCGAACCAGUACCGCCCCUUUGGACCGCCUCAAAGUCAUGAUGCAGGUCCAUGGUUCAAAAUCAGGAAAAAUGAACAUAUAUAAUGGCUUUCGACAGAUGGUGAAAGAAGGAGGUAUCCGCUCCCUUUGGAGAGGAAAUGGUACAAAUGUCAUUAAAAUUGCUCCUGAGACAGCUGUUAAGUUCUGGGCAUAUGAACAGUACAAGAAGUUGCUUACUGAGGAAGGGCAGAAAAUAGGGACAUUUGAGAGAUUUGUUUCUGGUUCCAUGGCUGGAGCAACGGCACAGACUUUCAUUUAUCCUAUGGAGGUUUUGAAAACCAGGCUAGCUAUAGGCAAAACUGGACAAUACUCUGGAAUAUUCGAUUGUGCCAAGAAGAUUUUGAAACAUGAAGGCAUGGGAGCUUUUUACAAAGGUUAUGUUCCCAACUUAUUAGGCAUCAUACCUUAUGCAGGUAUAGAUCUUGCUGUGUAUGAGCUCUUGAAGUCCUAUUGGCUAGAUAAUUUUGCUAAAGACUCUGUCAACCCCGGAGUCAUGGUUCUGCUGGGAUGUGGCGCUUUAUCCAGCACCUGUGGUCAGCUGGCCAGCUACCCCUUGGCUUUGGUGAGAACACGCAUGCAGGCUCAAGCCAUGGUAGAAGGAACACCACAGGUGAACAUGGUGGGCCUCUUCCGACGAAUAGUUUCCAAAGAAGGAAUACCGGGACUUUACAGAGGCAUCACCCCAAACUUCAUGAAAGUGCUCCCUGCUGUAGGCAUUAGCUAUGUGGUUUAUGAAAAUAUGAAACAAACUCUAGGAGUAACCCAGAAAUGACACGUUGAAUUUUUUUGCUUUAGCCAGAUUAUUGAAACUUUCAGCAGUCUCUGAAUUAUGACUUUUUCUCCUAGAAUUGCAACAAGUCUCUGGCAAAAGGAGUCCUACUUUUUUCAGAAAAGGGAAGAGCAGAUCAAUGAUCACUUCAGACAUUUGGGCUUAAUUUUAUAUAUACAGAAAUGUUAAAAAUCACAAAGUUGUGUUUCAUCUUUUUUCUUAUUUGUCCUUUCUACAAAUCCCUGCAUUGAAUCCUAAAUCUGAAAAAUGUAUGGCUUGAAUAAAAUUUGUUUUGUGUGGUAGGAUUAUAGACCAUUAAUCUUUAUUUUGGUUGAUUCAAGUUUAUGCCAGUUCCUUUAAAGUUACAUGUCUUAAAAACAGAAUGACUAGAAAAUAGAAAAUCUUGAAACUCAAAUUGCUUUAUGUAUUUUGAAUGUCUUCAUUGACUUAUUAAAAUUUUCUUGUAGAACCAGUAAUAAAAAAAUCAUUGCAUGAAAGUAUACUUCACAGCAGCCAAAUAACUAAUAAGAUGUACGUCCUUACCUUUCUUUAAGCCGAAUAAGAACAUACGUGGCAGAGGUUUAAGGCAUGUGAACACCCGAGCCCAUUCAUACUGCUUUUGUGUGAGGAGCAGUGAUAAAAUGGUAUUUAUUUCAGUGGGUCUGUCUCCACUAUCACUGUGCUGUGGCUUGGUUCCUGGGCUGACACACUCAUGGUCACUCUGUUACUCUUAUGUUACCAACACAAAGCCCCUUACUCUGUUAUUGCUUUGAAAAAUAUCAGGAAACAAAACCCUUUUACUUCUAUCAGUGUCUGAAGAGCAUCUCUCUUUUCUUUGUCCUUUUUUCCUACUUGAAUCAGAUUCUGUUUUAAUCACCAAGUCUUCCAAGGACCCUUCUUGGUUAUCUGAAAUUUCUUGAUUACCUGAGUGGGUUGAUCACAGGUGAGUGACAUUCUCAUUUCCCCCUCACUAUCAAGUUUUUUGAACCUGCAAUUUUCAAUUUGGGCAUGCAAACCUGGGACAGUAGUACAUAUUAAUAGUAGCCUAUAGUAAUCAUAUAUGUUAGGUACCUAUGUUUAAUGAAAGGCCCAAUUUAUAAACAUGUACAUUUAUACUCUCUCUUACCCCAAGUUUUAGGAACAUAUUAAGAUAGAUGCAACUUAAUUUAUACUAUCAAUACCAUGUUUUUAUUUUACUAAAGUCAUCUUUGUAGUCAACUAUCUUUCCUGAUUUGUGUGACUAGGACUUAGAAAAACAUUUAUUAGCUGAAAUUAUUCUUAUUAGUUCCUAAACUUGUUUGAUUUCUAGUAAUUUCUGUUUUAAAUUGCCAACAUUUUAAUGAUAAUCUAGUGACAUAAUAGGCAUUUAUUCUGUUUGAACCUACCUCUUACGUUUUCUGAACCAAAGAGAAAUGUUGGAUUUGUAUUUGUGAAACAUAUUCUAAAAUGUAGUUUUUAUUGUAUUAGCUAUGCCUGAUAAAUGUCUCACUAUUUUUAUAAUACAAAUGAUAAGCAUGGGACUCUAUUUUCAGGGCUGUUUGUACUUUUGAGUAAUACAUAAGUGACAAGGUGCAUGAUUUUUUUACUCAAAAAUUAUGGCAUGAAUAACUGAAAUUUCAAGCUACUGAAAACUAGUCAUUGUUCAUUAUGAAGUAAAAUUGUUUGCUACUUAACAUUUGUAAGGUAUGAAUGUGAUUUAUCUGUGUGUCUUGUAUGUUUUGAAAAAAAUGAUCUUAUAUCUUUUGAAAAGAGCCUGGAGUUGAAGAUAGCUUUAUUUCGGCAUUUUUGCAUUUACAUGCCCUUUAUAUUAAAAAAAUACAUAAUAUGUUUGUUUUUGAAA